CAUCAUUUCACUCCUCGCUGAACUCGCCUCAACGCCACCGACAGCCAUCAGAAGACCGAAGCAUGACGAGUGGAAGCAGGACGAGUGGAAGCAGGACGAGUGGAAGCAGGACGAGUGGAAGCAUGAUGAGGAGUGGGCUGGUCGCCAUCGUCCUGGCCACCAUGUUCCAGUCUGGAUCAGCAGCAGAGAAGCUGUCGUCCUGCUGUGAGUCGGUGGGCAGAGAGCCGAUCACCGCCCCCAUCCUGAGCUUCAUGGUGCAGGUCCCCAAGCCGCCCUGCGUCCUGGCCGUCAUCUUUCAAACGGAGGAGGGGCUUUUCUGCAGCCCCCUGAAGGCGGCCUGGGUUCACCAAAAGAUCCGGGCCUUCAGGGCAGCAAAUGAUCAGAAAGCCGCGCUUUCCUCCGUCUCCCUCCUCUCCAUCACCACGUCCACCGCCUCCCCCUCUCUCUCCUCCUCCCCCUCUGUCUCCUCCUCCUCUCUCUCCUCCUCCCCCUCUGUCUCCUCUCUCUCCUCCUCCUCCCCCUCUGUCUCCUCCUCCCGGUAUCUCUCCUCCUCCUCCCCCUCUGUCUCCUCCUCCCCCUCUGUCUCCUCCUCCUCUCUCUCCUCCUCCUCCCCCUCUGUCUCCUCCUCCCCCGUCUCCCUCCUCUCCAUCAUCACGUCCAACACUUCCCCCACUGUCUCCUCCUCCUCCUCCUCCCCCUCUGCCUCUUCUCUCCCCUCCUCCUCCGAGGCUCCUGAAGCUGAGAGCAGCACCUCCUCCACCUCCAGCCGAUGAAAAAACAAGGACUGAACUAUGUGACCCCCCAAGAAAAGGAUUAUGUUAAAUUAUUAUUGUUAUUAUGUUGAACAGUUUAUUUCUCCGCCUUCAGAGUGAAGUUAUUUAUUAGUUUAAUUUAACAGAGCAGCAGGAGUAUCCGUGUAUUUAUGAACAGCGAGCUUAUUUAAGUGUACGACUGAAUGAUCACAGCAAUGACAAAAGUUAUUUAUUUAUUUGAAAACUAAAUAAAAGUUCACAUGAGAUCCUG